AUGGAAUUGACCAAAAUGUCAGACAUGACAAAGCUCCACCAAGCUGUGGCUGCAGGGAACUACAAUUCAGUGAAAAAGAUUUUGAAGAAAGGUCUCUGUGACCCAAACUACAAGGACGUGGACUGGAAUGACCGAACCCCACUUCACUGGGCUGCAAUCAAAGGGCACAUGGAGGUGAUGCAGCUCCUCAUACAAUACGGAGCCAGACCCUGCCUGGUAACUGAUGUGGGUUGGACCCCAGCUCAUUUUGCAGCUGAGUCAGGCCAUCUGAACGUGCUCAAAACUCUCCAUGCAUUGCAUGCCGCCAUCGAUGCCCCUGACUUCUUUGGAGACACACCAAAGAGGAUAGCACAGAUCUAUGGGCAGAAAGCCUGUGUGGUGUUCCUCGAGAAGGCCGAGCCUGAGUGCCGUGACUACCGCCACACCGCCAGGCAAAAGGGGCUGCCUCUGGACCAGCAGGACCAAGACUGGGAUGCCAAGAAAAAGGAAAUGGAGCUGUCACUACCUUCUUUAUGUCAAAGUACUAAUAAGAAAAAGCAUAAGAAAAGUAGAGGCACCAUCAGGCUCAGCAAUAACAAGGAGAGGAGAGUGUGA